AUGCUGGUAAAAGCCAGUGAUCCUGCGUCAGAGCAAGCAAUGAGGCUGGAGGGGCCGCUGGUGGGUCUGCGGGAUGAGAUGGGCACCCGGACCUCGGAGACGCUAAUGGGCGGACUCGAACCGGCGCUUCUUCACGUGGGAUCGGUGAUUGCUGUGGCCAAGCCGGCGGGGUGGGAGGUGUGGGGCGGCCACCAUCCACGGCAGCUGUGGCAGCACUUGCAGGCCGUGGAGGGUCUGCGCCAUGGCAUCCUCCGCGAUGCAGAGCAUGGGCACGGUUUCGUGCACCGACUGGAUGUGCCAGGAAGCGGGCUGGUUCUCUUUGCCUGCAGUUAUGAGGCCUACUACGACCUUAAGCUGCAGCUGGCCCUGGGGCAGCUCGAGCGGCGCUACACGGUGCUCAGCCACGGCCUGGCGACCUCCAGGAAUGUGACCGCCCACGUGCAUUGGAAGGACCGGGGACCGAAAGGCAUUCGUGAGCUGCCUAGUGUCUCCGGUGGCCGGGGGAAGCCUUGCGGUACCGAGAUAGUGCUACGGACGCAUGGUUUCAAGGAGGGUCGAGCGCUUUCGCUGCUUACGAUUCGGAUCCGAACUGGACGGCGGCAUCAAAUCCGGUCUCACUGUGCGCAUAUCGGUCAUCCCACUGUCUACGACGGCAAGUAUUCCACUUUCGACACUUCCUUUGGCGAUGCCAAGUGGUGUGAGCAGAAUUGCCUACAUCGUUUUCAACUUCUUUUCCGGUCACGAGAGGGGCUACCUCGAGAGAUGCUCGCGCCGCUUCCCGAGCCUUUCGCAAAGCUCCUGGAGACCCUCGAGACAAAAAACCUCGAGCAGUCCUGGGGGACACUCUGA